AUGAGUAGCCGCCGCCGCCCACGCUCGCCGCCGCCGGUGCCGCCGCUGGAGGACGACAACCUGCUCUCUGAGAUCCUCCUCCGACUCCCCCCAGAUCCGUCCUCCCUCCCUCGCGCCUCCCUCGUCGCCAAGCGCUGGCUCGGCCUCGUCUCCGACCCCAGCUUCUCCCGCCGCUUCCGCCUCCACCACCGCCGCAACCCUCCCCUCCUCGGUUUCUUCGAGGGCUCGCACUUCGAACCUACAAUGGAUCCGCCCAAUCGUGUCCCGGAAGGUCACUUCUCCUACGAGCACACCGACGACGACGGCUACGGCUGCUUCAGACCCUUGGGAUGGCGCCAUGGCCUCCAACUCAUCUUCCACGAAUCGGAGUCGGAGAAGCUGGUCCUGGUGCGGGACCCCUUCAACGGCGACAAACACCGCCUACCCAUUCCCCCGGGGUUGGAUGGGGAGGAGACCCCGACCAGCGGGGCGGUGUUUCGCGCUGCCGGAGACAUCCAACACUUCCACGUUGUCUUGGUAGACACAGAGACAAACCAACAUCAUACACGGGCAAUUGCCCGCGUCUACUCAUCGGAGACUGGCAUAUGGGGAAAUCUCAUGGCCACACCGCUUCCACCAAUGCCUUCGAGUUCUAUGGACGAACAUCCCACCAUGAUUGGAAUAUGGUUUACCAUCGGUGUGCUAGUUGGGCAUUCCAUUUAUUGGUUGCUCACCGAUACAUCGGCAGAAACUAGCAUGUUAGAUGGUAUCCUUGAGUUUGAUUUGGAGACGCAGAUUUUAGCUGUGAUACCUGUGCCCACGGAUAUUGCCAAUAAUUGUAUUAGCCGAUUCCAGGUUAUGCGGGCAGAAGGUGGUGGCCUUGGUAUUCUCUUUCUAUCAAAUUUCAGUGCCCAAUUAUGGAAGAUGGAGACUGAUUCCAAUGGUGUUGCUUCGUGGGUGCUGGGAAGAACUAUUGAACUAGAUAAGCUACUUCCCAUGAAUCCAAAGAAGAAGAAGAGAGGGCCACCCCUAAUGAUACGAGGGUUUGCUGAGUACAAUAAUGUGCUGUUCAUACGGACACCUGCUGGCUUCUUCACUCUUCAGCUUGAGUCACUGGAGUUCAAGGAACUUUUCAAAUCCGACAUCUAUUAUCCAUUUGAAAGUGUCUAUGCUGCAGGCCCGAGCAUUGGUGGUGGACAUGAUGGAGCUGAACUUUUGCAUAAUACGUAAGAUGAUUGGUCAGAUGGAUAUGCUACUGUGAUAUAUUAGCUGAGUAUUACGAAGAGGUGCAGAGAUGGCUUGUUGGGGGCAUAGGUUCUUCCGUUCCGUUUGACCGAGAUGCAGAAAUGGCUUGUUGGGUGUCCUUUUGGUGUGCUUCACAUGGAAAUUGAUUCUCUUGGUUCUACUUGGGGCACGCUGGUGAACUGAGUAGUGGACUUGUAGGGAUUUAAGUGCGUAGUUUGCAUCUCCGCAUCUAUUAUUAUGUCAAACU